AUGACUGCAUUAAAGGCUGUAGAUCCACAUGCUUGGGAAUGGCUAAUGGGAGUGCCUACUAAAUCUUGGUGUAAGCAUGCUUUUAGCUAUUAUCCUAGCUGUGAUGUUUUAAUGAAUAACAUAUCUGAAUCAUUUAAUGCAACAAUCUUAUGUGCAAGGGAUAAACCAAUAUUGACAAUGUGUGAGUGGAUUAGGAAAUAUCUAAUGAAUAGGUGUAGCCAAGCUACUUUGAAACUUGAUAAGUGGCCACACAAAAUCAUGCCAAUCCCUAGGAGGAGACUAGAUGCAGAGGUUGCUAUGAGUGGUCAGUGGUUACCAACAUGGGCCAUGGGGGAAAAAUUUCAAGUCACACAUGCUUAUAAUAGUCAAGAGUUUAUAGUUGACAUAGCUAAAAGAUCAUGUUCAUGUAAUUUUUGGCAGCUAGUUGGUAUACCCUGUAGGCAUGUUGUAGCUGCCCUAGGAUUUAGACAGCAAAAUCCAGAGUGGUUUGUUAAUGAAUGCUAUAGUAGGGAGAAAUAUGCUUUGUGCUAUGGUUCUCCUAUUAGUCCUAUAAAUGGACAGGACAUGUGGCCUAAUGUUGAAAGUGAAGAUCUAUUGCCUCCUGACUUUAAAAAGGGUCCUGGUAGACCAAGGAAAUUGAGGAUUAGGGAAACUGGAGAGGAAGGUGCUAGGAGGAGGCUACCUGGUGUGUCUUACAGGUGCACUAGAUGUGACAAGAUUGGGCAUAAUAUCAAGUCAUGCAAGAGCAAGGUGCAGGAUCCAAGUGCCUUGAAAAGAAAGAAAAAAGGACAAUUGAGGGCUGCUAAUAAUGCAAGUGUUGACACAUGUGAGGCCAAUCCAAAUGAGGCCAAUCCAACUGAAGCCAGUGCUAGUGAGGGCAUUGCAAGUCAAGGCAAUCCUGUAGCAGUGAAAACCACUCAAGCCAGUGCUAGUGAGGGCAUUCCAAGUCAGGCCAAGGCAAAAGCAGUGAAAACCAGUCAAGCCAGUGCUAGUGAGGGAAUUCCAAGUCAGGGCAAGGCAAAAGCAGUGAAAACCAGUCAAGCCAAAGCAACACCAGCUGAAGAAAAUGCCAAAAGAAAGGGAAAAGCUCAAGUGAAACCAGUAAGAAAGAGGGUCAGUGAGAGAAUUAAGGAAAAUUGGUUUAAAAAACCAAAACCUGUCACAGGCCCUGGGUCUGCACCAGAACAACCAUUUUUUAUAACAGAUGAGGGUGAUGGCAAUGACUCACAAAGGAAGAAGACUAUGAAGAAGACCCCUAAAAAGAAGUCUAUCAAUGACUUGUAG